CGCCCCCCGCGCUCUCACACGCAGCGGCAGUAGACUGAGAGUAAAUAGAGAAAAGCCCUAAGAUGGCGGAGCCAAUGAGCCUCAUUCACUUUAGCUCAGCGACGAAGACCCCGCUCUCCAAGCCCAAGGAGGCGAAGCCCUCGUCCGAAAACCGAGCGCAGUCUUCCCGGGACCACCAGCCUCCACCUCCUAAAAAAGUUCGAAGCGAAGAGAAGAGCCUGAAGCCGAAGAAAGUGAAUGGCGAAGGCGGCGGAGGAGGAGGAGGAGAGGAGAAGCAGAGUUAUGGCAGCGCGACAACAUGGAGCGUCUCUCCCGCCUCUGUCAAGCCGAGCAGCCCCGCUCAGCUCCUCCACCACCAGCCCGGCCUGCACAGAGUGCUGCCGCACGGAGCCUUCCUCACCCCGCCGCCCAAGCCCAAAAAGCCGAAGCAGAAGCGAGACCACGACAAGGAGCGGGAAAAGGAGAAGAGGAAGCCCAGGCUGGAGAGCAGCAGCGGCGGCGGCGGCGGUGUCAGUGCCGCGCUGAAGAAGGAGAACGGAGAGCUGAAGCUGCUGCAGAAAGAGCACAUCGCCAAGGACAAACUGAAGGAGAGGGAGCGAGAGAAAGAACGAGUGCGGGAGAGGGAAAAGAAAAAGGAAAGGGAUAAAGACAAGGAACAGGCAAAAGAGAAAGACAAAGAGAGGGAGAAGAAAAAACACAAAUUGAUGAAUGAGAUCAAACGAGAGAACGGGGAAGUGAAGCUGCUGCAGAAAGCUGAUACGGAGAAACCGAAGGCAAAUGCUGAGGAGCUGCUGCUCAAAAAGGCUAAGAAGAAAAAGAAAAAGAAACACAAAGAGGCGGAGAGACGCAAGCGGCCCAAGAUGUACAGCAAGUCCAGCCAAACGCCGUAUUCGGCUCUGCUGAGCCCCGAACUCCCAGGAAUGCUGUCCAAAUCGGAGACGGAAUUCAAAUCCCCCUUUCCUGUCUGUAAAACACUCUCACUCUCCUCCUCUUCUACUGCCGCUGUCAAGCAGGAGAAGGGCGGCUGCACGAAGUCCAGCUCUGGAGCCGGGGACACUGGGACAGCAGGCAGCGGGAAGACUUCCCAGCUCCAUUCUCGGCUCCCGGGGAUAGACGGUUUGGAAUUUGGCCGUUUUGUGCAUGUGGAGCAGCAGCCGAACGGCGGUGCCCUGGUCGUACACGCCUACAGCCGCGAGCUCUCUGUUCUCUCACCCGAGGAGAUGCAGCGGUUCGCUCAUGAAUUCGUGACACUGGCGUUCUGCGAGGACCAUAACGGAGCUGCGCACUAUGUCAUGGGCAUCGUCCAUGGAGCCGCCUCCUACCUCCCCGACUUCCUGGAAUAUUUUUCUUCCAAAUUCCCCAAUUCUCCUGUGAAGAUGGAGAUCCUUGGCAAGAAAGACAUUGAAACGACCACCAUGGCAAAUUUCCACGCUCAGGUAAAGAGAACCUAUUCUCACGGGACGUACCGCGCCGGGGCCAUGCGCCAGAUCAGCCUGGUGGGAGCCGUGGACGAGGAGGUGGGGGAUUACUUCCCAGAGUUCCUCGGCAUGCUGCAGCAGUCCCCCUUCCUCGAACGGACGUUGCCAUGGGGAACGUUCUCCAGUCUGAAGCUGAAGAGCCCUACAGAGAGCGAUGACGGGCCGAUCAUGUGGGUUCGGCCGGGAGAGCAGAUGAUCCCCGUCACUGACAUGCCAAAGUCUCCUUUCAAAAGGAAAAGGUCAACCAAUGAAAUCAAGAACCUGCAGUACCUACCUCGGACGAGUGAGCCUCGUGAGAUGCUGUUUGAGGACCGGACACGUGCGCACGCAGACCACAUCGGACAGGGCUUUGAGAGGCAGACCACUGCUGCAGUGGGUGUGCUUAAAGCUGUACGGUGUGGAGAGGCUAUGGAGCCUCCUCGUAUUACCAAAGACGUGAUCUGCUUCCACGCUGCGGAUUUUAUAGAUGUAGUGCAGAGACUGCAGCUGGAUCUGUAUGAGCCGCCCCUGUCCCAGUGUGUCCAGUGGGUGGAUGAUGCCAAGCUGAACCAGCUGAGGCGUGAGGGCAUCCGUUACGCUCGGAUCCAGCUGUAUGACAACGACAUCUACUACAUCCCGCGCAGCGUGGUCCACCAGUUUAAGACGGUGUCGGCCGUGUGCAGCCUGGCCUGGCACGUGCGCCUCAAACAGUACCACCAAGACGCAGAGGACGAGAAGCGGGACGAGGACAAGAAGACCGUCACCUCCCCCUCCACGUUCAUCAAACAGGAUCCUGUGUGUGAAGCUCCGAGUGUGCCAGGUUCUCCCACCUUCACAGACCCCAAACAGGCCAGAGACGCCCCCCCUGUGCCCCAGAUCAAGGUGGAGGAGGCGGAGCUUCUCCCUGACAGGACGCCAAAAGUCCCCUCUUCUAGCGCAGCGACACCGCCGUCGGCUCCUGCAUCAGACCAAGCCAAAGCACACCAUCCCUCAGUCGCUCCUUCACACACACUCGCACCACGGUCAACGCCCGGCCUGAGCUCUGCUCCGACGAAGCACACACACACCACGACACCAACCAAACACGCGCAGCCAUCCAUGCCACCCAAACAUACCUACAGCUCUACGUCAAUCAAACACACACACUCCAGCUCAGCAGGCAAACAUGGCCACUCUUCCAUCGUGUUCAAACCGACCCACUCGUCUAGCAUGAUGCCAACCAAACAGGUGCACGCGCCCAACACAACCAAACAUGCACACACUACUUCAACAGCGAAACACGUUUAUUCCCACAAUCCCAAAACCAGCUCUGGACAUUCGGACAGUCGGACUGCCUCGCCCCAGUCACAGGCUCUGCCCCAGACGGGCUCGUCUCAAACGCAGGUUCUGCCUCAGCCGCAGGUCGUGUGCCAAUCAUUUCCAUCACAAUCACAGAGUCUUCACCAAUCAGUUCUGCCUCAACCUCAGCAGCCGCCGCAGACGCAGCCGCAGCCGCAGGCGUCUUGGCCAGACAGAGCCUCAGACUCUCUUCACCCAAAGGUCACCCCGCAGGACACUCGGCCCCACCAGCCGCUCAGUCCCCUUUCUCGUGAACAGCAGAAAGACUUUUUAUGCUGAUUUGUACAUAACUGUUUUUAACGGCUUUUUCGGUUUUAUCUUCUUGUUUUUUCUUGUUUUUAUCAUUUUUUUUGGGUUGACUUUUUUUGUUUCUAUUGAUGCAAAGAGGUGACGCUAAGAGGAAAGGUGGGCCUGACUCCAACAGCAGAGCGAGACGGAAGGAUGUCCAGUUUGGCCGUAACCGAUCGAAUCCACAGCAAAUGUAGCGAAUAACAUUCCUCAGUGCCUGCCUGUAACUGUGAACUAUCAUAAGCACUUAGGGCCAGCUGCACUGCUACCCUGCAGGUCGGAUAAAAUAAACCCAAACAGGUCCUUGAAUAAUAUAUUUUUAAGUUGUAGGCUAUAGUUGUGUAUUAGAGCUGACAUGAACAUAUAUAUUUUUAAGAUGAGAUGAGACAGACUUCUUUUAAUGACUCCAGGCUUUUCCAUAGAGCUUAUUUAUAUCAAGUUUGUGUUGUUUUGUUCCAUUUUUGUCAGCACUGUAGUGUAUAUAACAUUUUUUCUAAGAAAAUGUGUAGUUUGAUUUCUAUCUAAUUAAGAACCUUGUAAUAAAAAAGUUGUUGAGAUUUGGAUUAUUGUCAUGUAAACAAGGGCUACACUGACCGAUGGUGUGCGUUCUGCAGACUGACUCUCUUCACGGUGUGGGCUGUCCCAACCCUCCUGUUCCAUGUGUCCACUGUCAUUAAUCCAGAAACUUUCCCCACUUACUCUGUGUAGACCGUAAGACAACUAUGUUUAACGAUAAAUGAAGAUUAAAAGCAUAGGAUCACUGCA